UUUUGUGAUUCUAUAUGUAACUCUGAAUUUCAAUGCAGAAACAUGUUUGCUUUAUGUAUUUCUAAAUGUUGGAAUUGAUCUUCUCUGAAAUCAUUUAAUGUCAUUUCAUUUUAUUGUUCUUCGAUUCGUGUGGAAUUCGAUAUGAGAACUAUGUGAAUGUUGAAUGUGUUGUGAUAUUAACUUAAAAUGUUGAAAGUGCAUGUAUCUUAUCAUUAUUGACAUGUUAUUCAUCACAAUCAUUCAUUUAGUGCUGAUAUGUAUUCCUCAUGCUGCGAUAUUUAGCCGGACUUCUGAAUGUCUCGAGAAAUGCUUAAGAUAUAAUUUUUCAUUUUCAUGCUAUUGUCUUUCUGGAGGUGAAAAUGUCAGAAAGUGUCAUGGAGUAUUGGUAGAUUUGAAAAAGUAGUAUGUCCAAAAACUUUCACAGAAUGAGCAGUUGGGUAAAUGGAGUAAUAUUACUAUUUUUUAGCAGUUACAGUUUAAUGGAUAUAUAGUUAAUGAUACUGUAAUGCAAAUUGCCAUUAUCAACAGAGUUUCUUCUGAUGCACCCGUGCUCCAUCCUUGAUGUUUAUCUUCAUGUUUUGGAAUGUCAUUUAUUUGUAGCUAUAUUUGGUUGAUCAAUGCAGAAUAGGUUUUAGUUGAUUAGCAGCAAACAUAUAUGUAAAAACACUAAAUAAAGAACUGAUUGUAGAACAAAAUCAGAGACUCGAGGAAAAGAAAUAUGUUCAUGAACAUCAUUUUAUUCAUUCAUCAAAAUGUUAUUUAACAUGUAGAAUAGCACCAAGAAUAGCACAUUUUGUGAAGAUUAAGUUAUGUUUUAUGUUUCUAUUUGGAUAUUACAUAAUGUUUGAACUUAUAGUUAAAUGCCUAGAGGAGGAUUUACCGGACGACUUAGAGAAGCCUCAUCCCGUGGCACUCAGCUUAAGGAACUAGAGGACGUUCCUCCUGAGCUAGAGAAUAUAUUCACACUUUUUGACGUAGAAGUGUCACCAGAAGAAGAAGGGGAUGAAGAAACAGUUGGAGUACAUUCACCAACAGCACCUGAUCUCCCUGAUCGAUACGGAAGAAAAAUCAUACAUCUUAGGGAGGAUGGAAUGCUCUACCCUACCAAAGAUGUAGCUAAUAUUUGUCUUGAUGUUUUUCAUAAGAUUGUUCUCCCGGACGCCUUCUUUCAAAAAAGUCUUAAGCAACACCACAUUGAAGUUUAUUGGCUAGAAUUCAAGGAGAGGGUUUUGGAAAGGGCUGAAGAGUUGCGUGCUGAAGGGGAAGAUCCAGAUUACGAUGCAAUCUUUCUCGAGCUUUUUGGGAGGGUUAAGAAAAGGAAACAGGUUCCUGGAGCUGGGCAAGCGACAAGCUUGUAUUUUCCAUUUGCUACCAGCUCAGCUGCGGGCUCUGCAUCUUCCGGCUUGUCAUGCCUCAGCACUGAGCAGGUUGAUGAGCUUCUCGAGCGACGAGUACAGCCUUUGCAUCAAGAGAUCGAAGAAUUGCGGGAGCUAGUAAAAGUCCUCAGUCAGCAAGUUCAAGCAAGUUGUGGAAACUAAAUUGUGAUUUGUAGAAAAGAAUAUUAGAACUUGUGGAAAUAUGUGGAAAGCAUUGUUGAACUAAAUUGUGGAAACUAGUAGUAUUAGAACUUAAUUUGUGAUUUGAUUGAAUUGAUGUGAGAAACAAUAUUUUGUAUCUAUGUAAAAUUUGAAUUUUCAUCA